AUGCGCGCGGUUCAAGUCACUCGAGGCUUAGAACUGGAACUCGCCGGUUCGGCGAGCACCUGGGUCUUCUCCAUUGUGAACAACGGCUUUUUGCUCAUUUACAUGUGCGAGAUUUUCCUCCGCUUCAUGGGGCGCGGCUUGUCCGCCAUCCGUGAUGCGCUCACGUGUUUGGACAUCGCGUUGGUGCUCCUGACCUUUGUGGAACGCAUGGCCGCCGGUGCCUCGAUGGCGCGGUCCUUGCCCUCGAUCCGCCUCUUGAGGUUGUUGCGGCUGAUCCGCGCCUUCAAGCGGAUGCACAAGUCCAAAGAGCCACUGAGACAUGAGAGGGAGCGUUCCUAUUCCGUAAAACCAGUGCUGCGGCUUUUAUGCCAGUGCUUGCGAGUGAGGUUAGUGGUGCUUUUGAGUGGCACCAGCAAGGCUGCCAGGACUUUGGCAUGGGUCUCCUUGUUUUUGAUGGUGAUUGCCUGGGCGGCCGGAGCUUGCACGCGCCAGGUCAUUGGCAACUCCCCCGUUUGGAACGGCAGCACGAACCCCAUGGUGAACUUCGAGCCCUUCAUGUCGUUCGACAACCGAGAGUACUUCGGAAACAUCGUCCGGAGUUUUUUGUCGAUGAUCCAAGUCAUCACCAACGCGCAAUGGGCGAACCACAUCGGCCGGCCCAUCAUCCUGCAAUACCCAGCUUUAUUCGUGUUCUUCGCCUUCUUCUUGUUGUCCACCACCUUCGGCCUCGUCACUUGCAUCGUGGCCAACAUUGUGCAGGACACGGUGCUCCGGUGGGUUCAGGACUCCUUGGAAUCCUCCCGGGCCUUCGAGAAAGCCUUGAAGGAGAUCGACCGCGAAAACCGUUGCUCGGCACCGCGGAGAUCGACUUCGGCGGAGCGGAAGCCCGGGCACCAGGGUCGCUCCAGCGGUCUUCGAGCGGGAAAGCUCUUGAUGAUGGUCGACGAGGACGGUGAUGGUCAGCUGACGCAAAGCGAUCUGGACCGCGCUUUGGAGAACGAGGAGUUUGUGCAAAUCCUUCGGCUCCUGGAGGUGCCGGUGAUGAGCUCUGAGAACUUGAUGCGUCUCUUCGACCUCAGUGGUCGUGCCUUGCCAGCGCUGCGGAGCUUCGGCUUCGCUCGCUGGGAUGCGGUGACUGGUAUCGAAGGCCCAGAGAGCCUUGAAGUCCAUGAUUUCAAGUACGACAUAGACCCCAAGGACUACACGAAGUUGGCGCUGUGGUCCGACAGUUUGAUGAAGCGUAUGGAGGCCUGCGAACAACGCUGCCAUGUCUUGGCCCAGCAGGUCGUAGACCUUCGAAGACAGAUGAAGGAGUGCUUCAACUGCCUGGCCUUGUUUAUCGGCUCUCGGAUGCGCUACCAGAUGCAUUGCUUGUGGCGGAUUUGGGCGAAAGCCGAGGAGAACACCGAGCUCUACUACCGAGCGCUGAAAGCCAUCCGAUCAGCCCCACCACCCAUGCCCGUGGACAUCCGGGAAGCAUUGGGGCUGGAAAUCAAGGAGGAAAAGGUGCUGGAAGACGAAGCGGCGGCGUUGAUGAACUUCGCGCGGCGCUAUGUGGCUGCUGGGCCGCCGACGGGAUGCCGGGACGUCACGCGCGCCACGGUCACGUGA